AUGGAUGAGGCGGAAGCAGAGGAGGCCGCAACAUCGUCGACACCGUUUGAAACGGCACAGCAGGACAAGGCGACAGUCGAAGGGCAUGACAACAAGAGGGCGGAGGCGACAGUUCAGGACGAGAAGCGCACGGAGACGGCUCCUGAAGUCAACGAAAAAGAUGGGCAGGCGACAGCGCCUGGAAAACCUUCACCGGAGGCAGUGGCGAUGGGAAGCACCGGCACCGAGGCAGCAGCCAUCGAGUGUGAGCCAGCCAUGGAACUGGGGGGCUAUUGGGAAACUUAUGUUGUUCGAGUUGAAGCCUACUUUGAAGGGAAUGCUAUUGCCGAAGAUAAGAGAAAGCGCGCACUGUUGGUAGCCGCGCUCGGCUCCAGGCCGAUUGGAAUACUGUGCGGAAUAUGCGCGCCUCGAAGGGUCAACGAACUGACGUACAAGGAUGUUGUCGGCAUCCUGGGUCGACACUACGCGCCCAAGCCUAACGAAAUAGCUGAAAGCUACAAGUUUUUAAAUCGGCAACAGCGGGAAGGCGAGUCGGUGCAAGACUUCAUCGUGGAACUAAGGAAAAUCGCGGAAAAUUGCAAUUUCGGAGACAGCUUGGACCGCAUGCUGCGGGAUCGCAUUGUUUGCGGUGUGCGAAACCAGACAGUCCAACGUCAACUACUGGCAAGGCGAGACCUGACUUUUGCAGAGGCAGAAGAUUUGGCUACCGCGGCAGAGGUAGCCACAAAGGAGGUAAAGAACAUGGAAAGCCAGGAUGUGAAAAAUGAAGCGGAGCUACACAGAAUGGCCGGAAAGUCCCGAAAACAGUCAGACCUUGGAAGGAGGUACAAUACAAGAAAAGAAGAAUGCGAGCGAUGCGGAAGCAGUUCACAUGCACGGGACGCGUGUCGGCACAGAUUCGCCAGAUGUUUCCGAUGCGGCAGACAAAGCCAUUUCGCGAAGAAAUGUGGGGCGCAUCAUGACGUUGCAACUGCAGGACGACCAAGCUCGACGAUUGCAGCUGCGACGGCGUCAGGGGGCGAGGACCUGGACUUGGCAUCAGUGUACACGGUGCAACCUCGAACACGGGCAAGUUUUGAACCGUCGUUCCGAAGGCAGGUUUCCUGGGGGGGAGUACGACUGACCAUGGAAGUCGACACGGGCUCUCCUGUUUGUGUUAUUCCCCGAAAAGUGUACAAUGAGCACAAGGACCAUUGGCCGGCGCUGUCGGCAACCAAGCUGAGUCUCCGAUUCUACUUGGGACAGCUGCCCAUCCUCGGGGAGCUACACAUGCGGGCGACCGUCCAUGACGUCACGGUGCCGGCUCCGCUCGUGGUUGUGAACUGCCCCGGACCAAGCCUGUGUGGUCGAGACGUAAUCGGCAAACUGAACACACUGGACCCUCUGGUGUCAAGCGUGGUUGCAGGCUCAACGAGAGAGCUGGAAGACCUGCUGUUGCAGUUUCAGGACCUGUUCGAGCCAGGACUGGGAACCAUC